AUGUCCUUCCAAAACCAGUUCUCCCUGUCGCUCGAGCUGACCCGGCUGCUUCCUCUACAUGUGGUCGCUGAUAAAGCGACGGAAGCCGUGAUGAGGAUGGUGCGAGAACUCAACAAGUCUGGAUCUGAUGUCUUGGCGGAAGAAGAUCUACUACGCAUUUUCGGGUAUUGCAAGAUUGAAGAGCGGAUGGAGCGUCAGUUCAAAGAAAGCAUGAAAGGCGCGGCAAGCUCGCAACCUUUGUGUGAGAGGAUUCUCCUUCAGACAGGACCAGGUCCGACGGUGGUUCGAGCUCUACAACAGCGUGAGUACUUAAGACUAGUCAUUCAAUUCUCCCUCCUUACUUCGGUACAUGAGAAGUCUUCGCUCGCCACAGCAAUCAGACGUAUUUUCGACAAAGAUGCCGAGUGCGCACCAGCCGAUGUCAACAUACCGACUCCUGACGAGAACAGCAUUUUGGGAGUGUUGACAGCCUGCGAAGAACAGACAACUUCAUUCCAUUGGAGUUAUUACCUGGAGGCUGUGGCACGCCAUCUA